AAAAAUAAAAAAAAAUCCAGUGCUCUAUCGAUAAUUGCCGAAAGAGGGAGCCAGUCGACACCGUAACCAUAGAAACCAAAAUGGCUACCCCAUUGGAGCAGUUCGUGGUUAAUGUGAGAGCGUUAUCCUCUCAGGGUAAUUUUGAUUCAUUAUGUGAUUAUAUCAAUAAAAGUACCGAAGUAUUAGUUAAAAAUGUUCCGCACUUGGAUGACGUGUUGGCGACUUUAGAUCUUCAAGAACAUUCUUUAGGAAUACUAGCAAUUCUUUGUGUUAAAUUUAAUUGUCCUGUUCUUUCUGAAUAUGAAGUUAUGUAUGCUCAAGUUCAAGAAUUUAUUAUGGGCUGUAAUGGUGAACAAGUGAGAUUUGGAACAGAUACAUUUGCCGAAUUAUGUCAUCUUCUGACACAGAGUCUUGUUGAAAGACAGCAGCCAAUGAGAGGCAUUGACUUAUUAUGUCAUGCAAUUAGUAAAAUUCAAUUGAAUCCAUCACAGCUGACUUCAAUUCAUGCAGAUUUAUGCCAGCUCUGUCUGUUAGCCAAAUGUUUGAAACCAGCUUUACAAUUCUUAGAUAUAGAUAUUACCGAAAUUAGUAAAGAGGGAGGCCAUUAUGAUUCAAAACAUUUUCUCUUAUAUUAUUAUUAUGGUGGAAUGAUAUAUACAGCUUUAAAAAAUUAUGAACGAGCUAUGUAUUUUUUCGAAGUGGCUAUUGCUACACCAAGCAUGGCUGUUAGUCAUAUAAUGUUAGAAGCAUAUAAAAAAUAUAUUUUGGUAGCAUUGAUUUUACAGGGAAAAGUACCUACAUUACCUAGAUAUACAUCUCAAGUAGUUGGGAGAUUUAUAAAACCACUAAGUCAACCUUAUCACGAUUUAGCUACCGCAUACACUACGAACAGUCCGGAUGAAGUUAGAAAUAUCGUCAACAGGCACUCGGAUACGUUCUUGCGGGAUAAUAAUAUGGGGCUAGUUAAACAAUGCUUAGCUUCACUUUAUAAGAAGAAUAUUCAAAGACUUACAAAGACAUUUCUUACGUUAUCCUUAAGCGAUAUGGCAAAUAGAGUUCAGCUCUCAGGUCCAAAGGAAGCUGAGAAAUAUAUCUUACACAUGAUUGAAGAUGGAGAAAUUUUUGCUUCAAUAAAUCAGAAAGAUGGAAUGGUGGUAUUCUUAGAUAAUCCUGAAAAAUAUAAUACUCCGACAAUGUUUAAAAGAUUAGAGGAAGAGAUGAGAAAAUGCAUUCAACUAGAUGAUAAAUUGAGGCAAAUGGAUCACGAAAUAGCAAUGAAUCCCAAAUACGUUCAAAAGGUAAAAAUAGUUCGGGAAUGCAAGACGACGACCUUCCUGCUAGCACGGGAUCCCUAACCGCAGCAAAAGUUCCAACUUACUCUAUGUAAAAAAAUAAAAUUAUAGUUUACUUAACUAUAUUUUUGAGUUGCAGAUAAUAUGUAUUAACAAUUGCGAAUAUUUAUUUGUACGAUAUGUUGAACCAUCUGCAAUAAAUUUGAAUUUUUUUUUAAA